AUGGCUGUUGUACAAUAUUUAAGAGGCUUAGAUUUAUCUGGCAUUAAUUUUGAAAAGCAUAAAGAUCUUUUAGAGAAACAAAGAUUAGCUAGACGUCAUCCUACUGAUGUUAAAGAUGACAAUCUAUCUACCAGCCUGCCUUCAAUAUGGCCAUCAACUGAAAUACUUCAAGAUAUGUGCCGUCUGCAGUGGUUAAAGUUAAAAAAUGUUGGCUUAAAAGAGAAAUUUCUACCAAAAGAAAUAACUCGUUUAGAUCAGUUGGAGAGUUUAUCAUUGGCACGAAAUGAAUUAACGUCGUUAUGCUCUAUUAAAGGUUGGCCAAGUGUUCUGCCAAGCUUACGAAUGAUAACAUGUCGUAAAAAUGAACUAACUAGUCGAGAUGCAAUUCCCCCUGAUUUAUUCGAGUGUAAUAAUCUUCAAGUUGUUGAUUUCAGUUGUAAUCACUUGACCCAGUUACCUAAAGGGAUUGAAAAAGCUAAAGGCUUAUUAGUAUUGAAUUUAAGCAAUAAUCAAAUCUCAUUGAUUUCACCUGAUUUAUUUGUUCAAUGUACAGAGUUAAUGUUUUUAGAUUUAGGCAAUAAUCGAUUAGAAAGUUUACCAGCUCAACUUCGUCGAUGUUGUUCACUACAACAACUUAUUCUAUGCAAUAAUCCAUUACGUCAUGCUCAGCUUAGAUCAGUGACAGCACUUAAACAACUUGAGGUGUUAAAUUUAUCAGCUACUGAACGAAGAGUGGAUAAUAUCCCGAAUGAAUUAGACAGACUGGAACAUUUAAUUGAAUUAGACUUAUCUUGCAAUCUAUUGACAAAGAUUCCCGAACCAGUUUUAUUGCUUCGAAGUUUACGUAAACUGCAUUUAGCCCACAAUGAAUUAUCUGAUUUAUCCAAUUUAACCGGAGAUUGGCCUAGGCUUGAAUACUUGAAUCUUAGUUAUAAUCAGUUAACUCAUCUACCUACUGGAUUGAUACGUUUAUCUUGUUUACGAAAAUUAUAUGUGAAUAAUAAUCAUUUAACAUUUGGUGGUAUUCCAUCAGGAAUAGGGAAAUUACAAGAUUUAGAAAUAUUUGAUGCAUCACACAAUGAAUUAGAAACUAUACCAGAAAGUCUAUGUAGAUGUGGUCGUUUAAAACGCUUAAUACUCAAUUCGAAUCGUCUACUCACCCUUCCUGAUGCUAUACAUUAUUUAAAAGAAUCAUUGGAUGUUUUUGAAGUUGAUAAUAAUCCUCGUUUAAAAAUUCCGCCUAAACCACCUGAAUUACAAAAAGGUGCUGGUUUAGCCUUUUAUAAUAUUGAUUUUUCUUUGGAUGCUCAAUUGCGUAUGAUGCGUGGAAAACCAGCACUAACUACAGAAACAAUUCAUCAUGCAAAGGAUCCAGCAGCUCGAUUACGUCGUCUCAGAAGACGCCGAGGUGAAGGAGUUGGCAAAGACAGCAAGUGUGUUCUUGAAGGUAUGCAACGUAUAGCCAAAGAGAAGGAAGAGCUUCUUGAACAAAAGGAGCAAGAAGCUGAAGAAGAGACACGGAAAUUGGCAGCCAGACGUUGGCAAGAUCUUUUGGCUAGACCACGAUUGGAUUAUACAGGAAUAUUUGACGAGGAUACAGGUAUAACCCCAGGUGUACAAAUCUGGGAAUUGGAUCAGUUUUAUCCAAAGCGUGUUGAAGAUGAAGUAUUACAAGGUCAUCUGUUCAAUGGAGAUUGUUAUGUUGUUCUACAAACUGAGGUGAAUAAUAAUCAAGUAUUAGAAUGGACUAUAUAUUACUGGAUUGGAUCUCGUUCAACUAAGGAUAAACAGACAUGUGCAGCUAUUCAUGCUGUAAAUCUACGUAAUUUCCUCGGUGCUGAAGGUCGAACUAGGCGUGAAGAAGAAGGCGAUGAAAGUUCAGAGUUUUUAGCGUUAUUUGGCGGUAGUCUCGUUGUACUAGAUGGUGCUCGUGGUGAAACUGGAUUUAUUCAUGUUGAAGAUGAUGUUGUAGUUCCUAGAUUUUACAGUGAUAACGGACCGAGUAUGUAUGAAAUCUUAUAG